UGUGAGCGAAUGUUUCAUACAUAUUUUGCGAAUGGAAGCAAAUGAUCACGCAUACAAACUAAACACAGAAAUGUUUAUGUACAAAUCACAGCAAUAUGUCGCAUCUCGCAAACAGUAUGCGGCAUUCGCGAAUGGUUUCGAAUGAAAUAUACGAAUUUUCAUAGAUGUUGAUGCGAAUAAAUGGCCAUUCGCGAAUAGUAGAAAGCCCCUAGAUUUUUCUAUAUACGGAAAUUUCCAUCAGUUAAAGUUGGACACCAAAUAAAAUCAACACAAUAUUGCUGCUGUCGUCGCUGUGGGAAUUUUAAUGACGAUCGAAUAAAAUAAAACACCAAUCUAAUAUAUCGUUCAUUCCACCCAGUCAAUUAAUUAAAAUAUGUUUCACUUUAAUAAAUGAAUGAAGAAGAAUUCGACAACUGAAGAAUAAGAUGUAACAGCAACAACAUCGAUACAAUAGAUUAAAUUAAUUUAGUCGAAGAAGUAAAGAUACCUAAGUCAGGUUUCAAAUGUAUUUGCAUUGUCCAAAAUUGACGUGUGAAUACAGAGAUUCUUCGAUGAUUUUCAUCGAUCAAUUCCAAUUUCCACACUGAUUUUAAUCUGAAACACACGCAACUGCAUACUUUGCUCAUCAACUCAUACACACACACACACACACAAAUACACCCAUCUGAUAUGCAACUGCACUAUCAGCCGCCAGCCGAAAAUGAUUAACAAAACACACAAACUUCUAUUAGGCAUAUUUUUAUUGAUUAUUGUUGACAUUAUCUGGGUAUCGUCUAGCGAACUAACAAAGUUUCUGUAUCAAAAUGAGAACUUCGAUAAACCGUUUUUCUGCACAUAUUUUAAAACGUCUAUGUUUACGCUGUACCUUUUGGUGCUUGGACUGAUUGCACCAUGGAAAAAUUCAUGUGAUCCGAAUCGCAACAAUUAUACGCUUGUCGAUCAGAAUGUAGAGGAUGAGAAUUUUUUUACAAAUGGAAAUUCAUUGAGUGAUUCAACGUAUGUGCCGAUUAAAAAUGGUGGUGGUCAAGUUUCCGGCACCGAAAGUGAUGAUUCCAGUAUUAAAAGUGUUCGAUUCAGUAAAUUGGCUGAGGUUCGUGAAAUGUCAUCGCAUGAUGCAACUGAAGCACUGAUGUCACGUCUAUCGUAUUCCGCCAGCAUGAGAAUUCGACGACAAAAAACGAAUCACAAAACAGCUCGCACCGCAUUAAUGUUCUGUGUUUUGUGGUUUAUCGCAAAUUAUCUUUUUCAACUGGCUCUGGAACCAAACGAAACAGCGUUGGUGCUUCUGUUGAGUUCGACAUCAACAUUUUUCACCUUAAUCUUGGCAUCGAUUUAUCCAUCAUCGAGCGGUGAUCGAUUCACUUUAUCGAAAUUAAUAGCAGUAUUCCUUUGCAUUGCUGGUGUGGUGAUGGUUACAAUAACCGAUGUCCAAGGCCCAAAAAUGUCAAAGGGAGUUGUUUUAGCAUUACUAAGUGCUUUUUUUUAUGCCUCAUAUUUAGUAUUAGUCAAGCAUAAAAGUGAUACAGAAGAGAAAAUUGAUAUACCACUCUUUUUUGGAUUUGUCGGUUUGUGGAAUUUGCUUUUGAUGUGGCCAAUAUUUUUCGUACUGAAUUUCACACAAAUUGAAUCGUUUGAACUACCAAAUCAACGUCAAUUCAUAGUAUUAUUUUUGAAUGGAUUAAUCGGCACUGUUUUAUCUGAAGCACUUUGGCUAUGGUCAUGUUUCCUAACAUCAUCGUUGAUUGGAACGAUUGCAAUGACUCUGCAAAUUCCAUUGGCUAUGCUAUUUGAUGUGAUUUUUAAAAGUAAGACAUUUUCGUCGCUUUUUUACUGUGGCACAAUACCAAUGUGUGGAUCAUUGUUGUUCGUUGGAUUUUUGAUGCGAAACGAGGACAGCGAUCCGCUCUGGCAACUCUUUAAAAUCGCCUAUCGCAAAUUGUUCUUGUGCCGACGACCGAAUAUAGUUAGAAUAUCUGAUUUAUCUGAGCAACAUGAAUCUUUGAUCAGCAAUUACGACAAUUAGCAUGCGGAUUUGUUGUGAAAAUGUUUGAUCUUUCGGUUCGAUCAAUCACUUCUAGCUGCAUUUUAAGCUUCUUAAUACACAACAUAGACACCACACACACAAAGAAUAUGUACAACGUGAACAAUUUAGCUAAACAAGAAAAACAAUUAAUCGUAUAUAAAGCGCACUCACACACAGACACACACAUCACAAUAAUGCCAGGUGGGCAAUAAAUUGUGAGCAUUUUAGAAGAAAAGUAAUGCAUUUCAAUGUCGAUUUUUAUUUGAUUAUUAAAUAAUAUGUAAAAUCAAA